GGCCGGGCCGGGCUCUGGGGCUCGCGCGGCGCGGGUGAGUCAGGCCGGGUUUUCCCUCCGUCUCUGGAGCCAGCAGACCGGUGUCGCCCAGCGCGUCCUCUGCCCGCCGAUCAGGCUCCCGCGCCCGCCCGAAGAGCCUGGGAGGAGAAAGGUUCGAGACUGAGCUGAACACUGCAGCGCGCCCUGGGAUCCGCGGCGCCAGCAUGAAUCAGCUGCCGGUGCCCUGUUGACCCUUCAUGGCCACAGCCCCGGGCGCUGCUGGCAUUGCCAUGGGCAGCGUAGGCAGCCUGUUGGAACGGCAGGACUUCUCCCCUGAAGAACUUCGGGCUGCACUAGCUGGGUCCCGGGGCUCCCGGCAGCCUGAUGGGCUCCUCCGCAAAGGCUUGGGCCAGCGUGAGCUCUUCAGCUACCUGCAUCUCCCCAAGAAGGAUGGCAAGGCCACCAAGCGAGCCCCUCGGAACGAGCCGGACUAUGCCACCCUCUACUACCGGGAACAUCCCCGGGCUGGUGACUUCAGUAAGACUUCCCUGCCUGAGCGGGGUCGCUUUGACAAGUGCCGAAUUCGACCGUCUGUGUUCAAGCCUGCUGCGGGCACUGGGAAAGGCUUCCUGUCCAUGCAGAGCCUGGCGGCCCACAAGGGCCAGAAGUUGUGGCGAAGCAACGGCAGUCUGCACACGCUGGCCUGUCACCCACCCUUGAGCCCCGGGCCUCAGGCCAGUCAGGCUCGUGCCCAGCUGCUUCACGCCCUCAGUUUAGAUGAAGGUGGCCCUGAGCCCAGCCUGUCGGAUUCUUCCAGCGGGGGUAGUUUUGGCCGUAGUCCAGGCACAGGCUCGAGCCCCUUCAGCUCCUCCUUGGGCCACAUUAAUCACCUUGGAGGCUCACUGGACCGCGCUCCAAGGAGCCCCAAGGAGUCUGGACCUCUGGCUGUACUGAGCUGCCUGCCUGAGCCGCCUCCUCCGUAUGAGUUCUCCUGCCCCACUGGUGAGGAGGUAGCCGUGUUGCCUGACACCUGUGAGGAGCUCAAGAGGGACCUCAGUGACCAGGAUGUCUCUAACCCCUUUACCCAGGUGCUGGAGGAGCGCCAGCGGCUGUGGUUGUCCGAGCUGAAGCGCCUGUAUGUGGAACGGCUGCACGAGGUGGCCCAGAAAGCUGAGCGCAGCGAGCGCAACCUCCAGCUGCAGCUGUUUAUGGCCCAACAGGAGCAGCGGCGACUGCGCAAGGAGCUCCGGGCUCAGCAGGGCCUGGCCCCGGAGCCGCGGACAUCUGGUCCCCACACGGAGGCUGACCCCAGUGCCCGGCCGGAGGAAGAAGCCCGAUGGGAGGUGUGCCAGAAGACUGCCGAGAUUAGUCUAUUGAAACAGCAGCUCCGGGAAGCCCAGGCGGAGCUGGCCCAGAAGCUGGCCGAGAUCUUCAGUCUGAAGACACAACUUCGGGGCAGCCGGGCACAAGCCCAGGCUCAGGACGCUGAGCUGGCCCGGCUGCGGGAGGCCGUGCGCAGCCUCCAAGAACAGGCGCCUCGGGAGGAAGCCCCGGGCAGCUGCGAGACGGAUGACUGCAAGAGCAGGGGACUGCUGGGGGAGGCGGGAGGCAGUGAAGCCAGGGAAGGGGCCGAGCAGCUGCGGGCAGAGCUGCUGCAGGAACGGCUUCGUGGCCAGGAGCAGGCGCUGCGCUUCGAGCAGGAGAGGCAGACUUGGCAGGAGGAGAAGGAGAGGGUGCUGCGCUACCAGCGAGAAAUCCAAGGGGGCUACAUGGACAUGUACCGCCGGAACCAGGCGCUCGAGCAGGAGCUGCGGGUGCUGCGGGAGCCCCCUACGUCCUGGAGUCCCCGGCUGGAGUCCUCCAAGAUCUGAGGCUUAGCCAAGUGUGCUGACAGCAGGCACACCGGCAGAAGAUAGAUACCCUGAGUUGGCAGGCUCCUCCCUUGCACUGGUCCGAGGCAGAUUCUGUAGAGGCCAGUUCAGGGAUGGGAGGCCUGCCCAGAGGAGAGCUCCAGCGGGCAAUGGGCUGGAUAGGGUGCCUGCUCCAGAAGCUAUGGCGAAGUCUUGCUGGCAGAGAAACACACCCGGGCAGGGCCCAGCCCUGCUCCCAAAGGUGGGUGUGGCCCAGUAAAGUAGGUUGGAGCCAUCCAGGCCUCGGCCCCAGGAUGCAGAAGGGCAGGAGCGAGAGAGGGGGGCUGGAGACCUGGCUUGAGGGCUUGACCUCCAUGGAGGGAGCCAGGGGUGGGAAGAUUGGCCUCCUCCACAAUAAAAGCACGUUUUCUAUGAGGAGGCCCAGUUGAUAACAUUGUCCUUGGCCUGAGUCUAGGGGCUCCUGGAUGGUCAGUGUUCUAGGCUUUAGACCUAGGCCGGAGUUCCUUCCACGGUCAUGGUGGUGGAAUGAAACGCCCUGUGCAGCCUCUGCCCUUGCAGUGUUGGAAAACGGAGGAAUGCUAUUCCUUGCUUCCAUACCACACAGCCCUGAGCUGCUGUGUGGGCUGCAACCCCUUUUUUUCCACACCAUUGGAUGUCUGAGAAGAAACAAUACCAGGGAAACAAAAGGAUUGGUCGACUGAGGCAUUAGCAGAACAUGAAGUGUUUUUCUGGUGGGAUGUCUGGACUCUGGGUGCCCAGGCAGCUGCUGGGUUUGGAGCUAGCUCAAAGCAGCUUCCUCUGUAACAUGUAAAAGCUCCCGUGGGCUCUGCCACUCCAGCAGUGGUAUGCCCCUCCUUCCAUGGCAUGGGGCCAGAGGCAGGUGCAGGAACUGUGGGUCAUUUCCAUAGGCAGUAGAGGCCUGUGGAUAUUUUGUUUAUGCAGAAGCUCUGGUUUGUGUUCCAGAAAGGUGUGGGGAAGGAGUCCCUCAUUCUGCACCUGGCCUCAAAACUGACCUUUUAAAUUUCUGCUUCCCAGCUGAAGCUGAUCGCUGGUCCCCUGUAACUCUCAGCCACCCCUACCUUAGCAGUGUCGUGCAUCCUAUGGGGCUUCUGGGGCUUCGCUCUUCUUGGGUUAGUUAGUGACAAAACUGACACCUUCUCUGCCUUCUUACCUGCCCUUUUUUUUUUUCCUUUGAGUCAGGGUUUUGCUGUGUAGGCCAGACCAGCAUGGAACUCAGUGUGUACACCAGGCUGGCCUUGAGGGAAUCUGCUGCUCAAGUGUUGCAAUUAUAGACCUCUGCUACA